CCAAUUCAUUUUAAUUCGAACAAAAAUAAGUCAAAACAGAAUCUUUUAAUUUAAUUAAAUCUGAUUAUUAGAAAGUUGACAUCUAAUUAACUCCUUAAUUACCCAUUUCUCUGCUCCUUUUCCAUUGUAUUCUCCGAAAUCCAAACCCUUGUUCAACAAUCCAAUUUAGGGUUUGGUGAAAUUGGGAGAAAUGUCACUGUCACAGAGCAGCAGUAGCGACAGUAGUCGAAGUGCGGCGGCGGCGGCGGGGCCGGACUUUCAUCUUUCCGAUGAAAUACUAUCGGUUAUUCCGACGGACCCGUACGAGCAGUUGGAUUUAGCUAGGAAGAUUACUUCCAUGGCCAUAGCUUCUCGUAUUACGAAGCUAGAGUCGGAAAUGGGGAGGCUUCGGCAGAAACUUCAUGAUAAGGAUCGGGUUAUCCUUGACCUCCAGGAUAAAGUCUCUCGGCUCGAGCAGGCUUGUCAGGAAACUGAAUUACGGUUAAAAUUCACUUGCGAAGAUAAUGUGAAGCUUUCGAAGGAGAGGGAUUCGUUGGCUUUGACAGCGAAGAAAAUGGGUCGAGAUUUAGCAAAGUUGGAGACUUUUAAAAGGCAGUUGGUGCAGUCUCUGAGUGAUGAGAAUUCAUCGCCAGCUGAAACUGUUGAUAUCGGCACUUACGACCAAUCGGCUCAUAGAGCCUAUUCCAUAAAGGAGGAGGCGAACAGCUAUGCAGUACACCGUUCUUUCGGCGGUUCUUUAGACAGCACAGUAGUUAAUGAUGAUGCCUCAAAGCGAGCUGUGCAAAGAUUUUCCAUGACACCUUACAUAACACCGCGUCUGACUCCAACUGGAACUCCCAAAAUAAUUUCCACUAGUGUAUCUCCUAGAAGAUAUUCUGUUGCGGGUUCUCCUCAGAGGACAUCCGGCGCCAACUCUCCAACAAACCCUCAAUAUGACGGCCGAGGUUCAAUGUCAUCUUUUUUCCCAUCAAGUCAACAGUCAUCAGCAGCUAACUCUCCUCCUAAGGCACGCCCAUUGCCAGCUCAAACUCCUCGAAUUGAUGGGAAGGAGUUCUUCCGUCAAGCUAGGAGUCGUCUAUCCUAUGAACAGUUCAGUGCAUUUCUGGCCAACAUUAAGGAAUUAAAUGCACACAAGCAAUCUCGUGAGGAAACUUUGAAAAAAGCAGAAGAUAUUUUCGGAAUGGAUAACAAAGAUCUUUAUCUGUCAUUCCAAGGUUUGCUUAACCGUAGUAGUCGGUGAAAGCAACAGAGUAAGCACAGAGAUAUCAUCCAACUUGGUACAAGCACUACAAACCGAAUCAGCAAUUAGAGAUCUUCCUCGCUGCAGAAAAGUUCUCAGGAAUUGCAGUCAAUAAGGACGGUGCAGAGUAUGCUCUAGCUGAAUGAUUGAUAUCAAGUUUCAUAUUUUCACAAUUUCAUAAGACACAUUCUGUAAAUUAUUGCCUUCUUUUCUGUAUCAUAGCCCCACAUCUGAAAGCAGUGGGAGCAUGAGAUGAUAAUUAAUUGAAUGAUUUUUCCAUUCCA